UGAAUACAGAUGGAGAGAAUGAGAGAGGGGGAGAGUUCAAGAUCGGCGGGCUAAUUUUGGCGCGUGUUUCUGUCGAUGCUUAAUACGUGGGAAGUUUCGGACAAAGCCUUUCUGUAAUCUGCUUCGUUGCCUCACCACCCUUCUCUGCCCUGUCAUUCUUCCGCCUUCGUCUUCUUCUUCUUCUUUCCCUCUUUCUCUGUCUCUUCUCUUACUUCUUCAUUUUCUUCCUUUUUCAUUUUUCUUCUCCCUCCUCGAAUCCCACGAAGAGCGUAUUUGUAAACCAAUAAAUGACCAAAGGAAGGGAAAAGCAGGGACACGCAGACGCACGAGCACAAAGCAAAGCGGUGGCCUUCUGAAUCGCGGAAGAUUCCUCACAAGAUCCUCACCUCCCCAUUAUCUCUCUCUCCAAAGCGACGUACUGUAGACCAUUCGCUUUGUUUCUUCUCAUUUCUCAUGUUGGUGUUUGAUUGUUAUAGCCCUUAUCGGGAGUGCGUGGUUGGGUUCCGGAGAGGUGGUUUUCAAGGCGUUGGGUUGCAGAGCGACACUCCUGUUCUGGCUCGAGAAUUGUAGUUGAGACAAUUGUAUUUGGGGAAUCUUGAAGAAGGAACUACUCUGGUGGUUUUGAACAUUACUAGUAGGUUGGUUGAUUUAGAUUUGCUCCUGAGCAGUCUCGUGUAUCGCGUUCAGUGGAAUUUUGGAGGUUUCUCGUUCGUUUGUUGGGCAGUCUGAUCAUAUCAGGAUUGAUAUGGGAACCUGGCCUUCGUUUCCGACUGGAUUGAUCUUGCAGAAACUGUUUAUUCGUUGCGGUAGCCUGCGCCUUUCAGGAUGGCUCGCGAUGGUUUUAUUAUAUUGGAAUAAUUGACUUGAAGGCCAUUUACUGGGUAGCGAAUCCGUUGGUUGGGGCUGUCUACGUUUCUGAAGCGUGUUUACUGGUACAAAAUGAUAAUCACCAGCUAUGAUUAGACAUAUUGGUUUCUUGAAACAACUGUUGAUGGGGUUAGACGUUUGUUUCAACAAUGGAAGGUCUAGAUAUUGACAAUCAUCGGUCACCGAUGUGUUCGACUGCACAUCGAAUAGCCAAUACAACUGCUUUAGGCAACGAUAAUAAUGAUGCACCCACAUCGUCCUCUUCAAAUAUUGAGGAGGUAGUAGUCAAUGAUCGAGCGCCUGCAUGUUCUACCUUAAAUCGAGCUGCCGGGUCAACUUCUACUGCGUCUGUCGAAGACACAUGGAGUCCGCGAUGGAUGCCAUCAUUUAUGUCUUCUCCCAAACGUGAGACUAGAGGCGGUGGUGGCAAUAGCGGUCUUGUUAGAUGGAAGCGCCAGCUACAGAGAGCGUGGAAAUGGGGUGCUAGUGCCAGGGAUCAAGGCUCAAGAUCAUCGUUCAAUCCUGAAGUUCUAGCUAAUCAGAAGCGUCAGUGGUAUCAGCUCCACUCACAGUCACCCAAUCACAAUCAUUAUAAGGAACCAAGUUCAUUAUUUGAGCACUUUGUGAUUGUGGGACUCCAUUCAAAUGCUAACUUUGAAGCUACGGAGGAUGCUUUUGCAAAGAGGAAAAUAUGGGAGUCGGAGGUGGCUAAAUCUGAAAUCCUAGAUAUCAGAAAACUCCCACAUCGUGGCCCUCCAGUUCCUAUAUUGGAGCCACAGAUCCUCUUUAAGUACCCUCCUGGAAAGAAGCUAACAAUGCGUGUCAAGGAUUUACCUGCAUUUUGUUUUCCUGCGGGAGUCAAGGCUCGCUUGAUGGAGAGGACACCUUCCAUGAGUGACUUGAAUGAAGUUUUAUAUGGACAGGAACAUCUGAGCAGAGAUGAUUUGUCCUUUAUCUUUUCACUCAAGGUGGCUGGAAAUGCAACCUUAUAUGGGGUAUGUCUGCAUGUCCAAGAAAUUGUUCAAAGGCCACCUGGCAUAUUAGGUGCUUUGUCACCCCUAGCACCGUCUCCUGCGCGUGGCCGGUUUUUGGUUUCUGCUCCUCGUUGUUACUGCUUGCUUACAAGAGUGCCAUUCUUUGAGCUGCAUUAUGAGAUGUUAAAUAGCAUUAUAGCACAAGAGCGUCUGGAAAGAAUAUCGCAAUUCGUUAGUGAAAUGACACUGACAGACUCUGUUCCUCCAAUGAUCAAGACGAGGGAACAGAUGAAUGCCAGUUCAGAUAUUUUGACUGAUGAAAGCGAAAGUGAUUGGAUGGCUUAUGCUAUUCCUGUUGACAGUGUGUUGGGGCUUGCUGCAGCAGCUGCUGGUCUUAUAUCAAACAAUGAGGUGCAUUCCUUCUCGUGCAGAAUGUCAGAACCUCAAACUCCUGAAAGUCUUUCUGCAAGCGAGGUGUCUGAUUUGAGCCAGUCAAGAGAGUGGGAUAAGGACACAAGGAAAAACCCGAGCUGCAAUGAUGACGAUGUAUCUGAGGUUUCAGAAUCCUUCUCUGAGAGUUUUGAUAGGUUAAAUGGGACCUAUGAAAAUGGUCAAGUUUCACCAGAAAUUGGGGCCUCCCAGUUCUCCAUGAGUCGUCCAAUAGAGCGUAUUGGCAGUUGUGAAUCCUUGAUAAGCUCAGUGAGAAGUGUGGGCUCAGAAGAAGAUGAGGUCGAUGAAGUAACAUCCAAAUUGGAGACAAAUGUUCUUGGUGAAGAAUUAAUGGAGUGGGCAAAGGUAAACAAGAAUGAGUUAUUGCAGAUAGUUUGUGCCUAUCAUGCCCUUCCUUUGCCACUGCGAGGAUCUGAAAUGGUAUUUCAGCCAUUGGAGCAUUUACAGCCUAUCAAGUAUUGCAGACCUGAUGUAUCUGCACUGGAUUUGGAUGCUAGAUACACUGAGUUUGGGUUAUGUAGUUCAUCUUUGGAAGUUGCGGAGUUUAAUGCAAAGUUAGCAGCUGCUGAGGAGGCUCUUUCAUUAUCAGUGUGGACAACUGCGACUGUUUGUCGAGCUCUUUCUCUUGAAAGUGUCUUGGCACUUCUUACUGGGGCAUUGCUGGAGAAACAAGUUGUGGUCAUUUGUCCUAACUUGGGUGUUUUAUCCGCUGCUGUGCUAUCAAUCAUCCCAAUGAUCCGUCCAUUCGAGUGGCAGAGCUUGUUGCUUCCAGUUCUACCAAGGAAGAUGCUUGAUUUUCUGGAUGCUCCGGUUCCAUUCAUUGUGGGCAUACAACAUAAGCCUUCUGAGAUGAAGCUCAAAACCUCAAAUUUCGUAUGUGUCAAUGUGCAGAAGAAUCAGGUUAAGAUGGGCUCCUUACCAACUCUCCCUCGACAGCGUGAACUGAUUGCUGAGUUAACUCCAAUCCAUGCAAAGCUUGCAUCUGAGAAUAACAUUGCUAAAAGGCACCCUGUGUGCAAGUGCAAUGAAGUGCAGGCUGAAGCUGCUGUGCAGUUCUUGAAUGUUAUGCGCCGCUACAUGGAAUCACUUUGUUCAAACUUGCGGUAUUAUACUAUAACAAGUGUACAAUCAAACAAUGACAGGGUGUCUCUUCUCCUCAAGGAAAGUUUUAUUGAUUCUUUCCCCAUGAAGGACCGGCCUUUUGUUAAGCAUUUUGUAGACACACAGCUCUUCUCUGUUCUAUCAGACUCUCGGCUGUCAAGCUACGAAAAUGAACAACCUUGAGUCUGCUGUUGUACAUUAUCAAUAAGCUUUUCAAGAAAUACCUCGUGAGCCUGUGGGCAAUGUAUAUCAAUUACAUACAAAGUCACAGUGGGAGGAGAGGCAAUCAGUGGAAAGCGGAGAAACGGCCGACUCAUGUUUUUUUGCUGGAGUUGUCCGUUGUCUGCCGUCACCAACACCAAUGCACCAUCGUCUUGGCAAAGAAUCUCAGAGUUGUAUCCAUCAGCUGAUCAGUGACAUGCAUUAAACGAUAACUGAAGGCGUUGGUUGUUAACUGGUUUGAUCUACGGGUUGCAUUUGUGAUGGAAUAUAAACGAUGCGAGGCCCUUCAUUGUCCUCCCAAGAAGAUCAUUGUAAAUACUCGGCAGCAAUGCAUUAUUUAUUUUUAGAAGGCCUAUAGUGCCCAAGGUUUUGCUCA